CGUUGUCCAGCAUGGCGUCACUGAAGCGAGAAGGAGAAGACUUGUCCCUUUUAGAUCAGAAACCAAGAAAGAAACGGAAGGCCAUAACUACGGAGCUUCCAAUGGACAAACUCACAAAGCUACUUAGCAAAGAGGACACUGUAGCAGCCGGUUUAGUGUAUCUCUUCAAGGAAAUCACUGAAGGCAGUAAUAGUGACUUAUUAACAAGCUAUUUAGGUGCUCAUCCCGACUGUAGUCAUGUCUUCCUCUUAAUGCAGCUAUCAACUAAACUUCAUGAUCAAGACAAUAUCUUGUUGUGUUACUUAUUACUGGAGCAUGUGCUAUUCUUCACUGCAUCUGAUAAGCUGCCUCCUGCUAGGGCAAGCUACUCAUCAUUAGGAAGGAGAUUGGUUACAACACUCCUCCAGGAGCACAUGUAUACUAUCAACAAUUCGCUCUCAAGCAACAAGCCGGACAAGCUCUCAGCUACCGCCCUCAAACUUCUCACUGUGUCUGUUAUGCAAGGGAAGGAGUCUGUUUUGGAGAUUUUAGACACUUUUAAUUUUGGUUCUGCACGUCUUGUUGGAUUGGUUGAGCGUGAUAAAGAAUUCCAAAAAGAUGGGGAUUCCGUGAGAGUUUGUUUCAUCAAGUUUGCAUUGUCCUUCCUUGUCGUUAGCGAUGUCAGAGUCAUAGCUAAAAUACUAUCAUUAAAGAAACUUUUGCCUAUCAUAUUUCGUAAACUGUCCAGUGAUCCUCCAAGUAUUGUCGGACUUUUUCUUCAGACCCUCUACGAUAAAGUUUUAAUGAGGACAAACAUUGCCAAGAAGGAUAAACUGUUACUUUUUGACAGGACCAAUAUUAAGAGAAUUGUCCAACUCCUGCAGAAAGAGGAUCAAGAUGAAUCCGUGAAAACGAUUAUACUCGAUAUAUGUUUUGGUCUCUGCGACUCAAGUUUCGGUGUUGCAUUUCCAUCAGCAAGUGUCUUUCAAAAUCUUUACAAGACGAAUAACCCUGUAUUGCUUCAGCUGGGCCUGUCACUGUUGUCUUGUUUAAAUGAGCCAAAGGUCCAUAUUAUCUUGUAUAGAAUAAUAUCAGAGUCUCCUGAUCUUUGGUAUCCUUUCUUCACUGCUGCUCCACUGGAGCUGGACCCUAAACCAACUUUAAAGUGGCUGAAUCAAAUCAAAGUAGUCAAUUCAUUACUGGGUAUUUUAUAUCCACUUGACUUAAAGCCUUUUUCGAUCUCAAUUGAUGCUUUUGUGUCUUUUGUUUGUCCUCCAGUUCUCACUCGCUCUCUACUGAGUAAUGGGAUUCAGAAUCCUUGUCUAUUGGUCAAAUCAAAAUGUUUGAAAAUGGUCUCUCGUGUUUGUGAUAGAAUCUCGCAUUACGGAGGAUAUCAGUGGAAAGUAGUUGAUUCUGAUAAGUGGCUUCAAUACUGCGAUGCUGUCUUUUCCAGACUACCCAAUGUCAAGACGCUAAUGAGUGUUCGUCAUGUGGCCCUACAACUCGCCAACGAUAAGUCGGCCAUUAAAAGAACAGGGGAUACUAAUAUACCACCUGAUGAGCCUGUAGUGAUGAUGAAGAAUGAAAAGCUCAAGAGGUCAUCAAGCCUGCUUGAGAGUCUCACAUCUGUCCUAGAGCAUUAUCAAGUCUUUGUUCCUACAAUAUUAGCUCAAUCACAGAUCAACGUUAUGAAAUUACUAUCUGACUUGAUGCCACUUCCGCAUAGCAAGGGGGAUUUGACUGUCCUUGAAACAUUGAGGCUUAUAUCGAAUGCUCCAGUGGAAAUGCUUCGCAAUUCAGUGAAGGGGACAGAUAUUAAAUCUUUAUUUCAAUUAUCAAAGGAUAGUGAACUAUUUGAUGAGGCUUCUCAUGUAUUUGUAAAGUGCAUGCAGACCAAUCCUUGUCUGCUGGAUUACAAAUCCGACCUCUUGCUGAUAUUUAACAUUAUUGAUACUCACCUUGACAAACUGGUGCUAUAUUCGGAUAAUGAGAAGGAGGAGUUAGUUGAUUUUAUCGUCCAUUCUGUUACUGAAAUAUUAAAGCAGUCUUCUCUGAAAUAUUGGUCCAAGCAAGAUACAUCCGAUGAAAGCGUUACGGAUUGUUCAAGCAGUUUGUGUCCGUUGCUUUUUUCUUUUAUUGAUAAUUGUGGCAGAGCACCCAAAGUGUCAAGGGUGCUGUUAUUAUCUGAUAUGAUACUGAAGUUGGUCCAUUCAUCAUAUGAUCCAGUAUUAGCUGCAAAUACUGUACUGAACAGACUAAGAGAUACUUUACUACAGUAUAGUACAAAAGGUCCUAUUCAUAAUUACCUACAAUUGCUUCACUCUCAUUUGUGGGUGUGGUCAAGUCAUUCUGAAAAGGAUCCUCUUGAGUUUAAAUGGUACAAUAAGAAGGUGUACUUUAAAAAAGGUGCAUCAUCUGAUCAAGUUUUAAUGAGAGAGUGUGUAUUUCAACAGUUGGUGGAGUCUACUGGUGACAAAGGACUCGUUAAUCUGUUGAAGGACACGCCUCUCUUGUCUGUCACUGUCUCUUUGUUAUCCGUUAUACCUCUCUCUCUUCCCAUUAUUGCUACUACACCUGGCAUAUACGAGCUUUUACAAAAGGAAUUAGGCAUACGGCAUACAAGCAAUAUCCUAUGGUUGCAGUGCCUGUGUACCAGUUCAACUACAUGCAGUAUCAAGGCUUUACUAAAGAACAGUCCCAUUUCUAAUCCUAUUUGUCAAAAAGAAUUGAAAAUUGAGCCUAAAUCUUCUACCCAGUUUAUUUUUAUCAGCAAGCAACUCCUAUCACUUGUAAGGCUAGCCUCAACUUAUCCCUCAAGCAAAUCAAUGCGAAAAGUAUCCACGUUUUGUGUUGAAUAUUUUUUAAAGUUCAUUUCUCGUGUUUAUUGCAACAGAAAGCUGAGGUUCCUCAUCAAUUCUCACUUAACAGACAUUGCAAGCAUACAUUUGAAGACCACUAGUGCUGAUGAAUCCUCUUCCUUUGUAUUGAACUCUUACGCUUGUUUGGCAAUCGACAUCAAUUCUGACUUCAUUGAUGAGUUAUUCUUGUCUUAUCUAUUGUCAGUCAUUGAACACAGUAAGAGACCAUGCACUAAACACCAUGGAACACUCCAUACUGAUACUCAGGAUAGUAAAGAAUUGACUGAUGACUUAGACACUACUCUUACUCAAGGACAUUCGGUUGCUUCCUCUAAUUCUUGUAUUGAUCAAGAUCUUAAAUCAUCAAGCUUGCAGCUUUUAUUGCCUUUGGCUGAUCAGUUAAGAGAGGCAUCAGCCACUAGUCCUCAGUCUCAGUACAACAGCUCUUUAUUUAACGAUUUGAGUGCAUCUCUUCCUUGCGAUGAUAACUCUUGUUUGCAUUUCAAUAAGGAUAUUAUCAAGAGAUUAUGGAUGUAUUGUUCUGGAUCUGUUUCAGUACAGAAAAUGAAGAUUAUGUCAGUGCUAACUAGGUUUUGCUUCAUUGAAGAUAUUAACAAUGAGUUUGUUAGUUUUUGUACAUCAGUGCAUAUGUACCUCUUCCACCACAAAGUAAUGCCUGUUGAUGUCUCGAUGGAAUUUCUUAAUCUUUCAAAAGUAGUUUUAUUAAGAAACCAUGAUCAAGUACUUUCUUUCUAUCACAUAUUCACCAAUAUUGCUCCAAUAUUCAGAGACAUUGUUUUAAAUUGCACCGAGUCUGAGGGUGAACUGGCUAAUGCAUGUCUUGAAUCUAUUAAAUUAUGUGUCUCUAUAUCUCCCAAAGUAAAGAAGCAUCUCUGUAGGUUGCUAUAUAGAAUAUUAGUCAAGUUUUCAACUAACGUCCCAAAUUUUCACAUCAAAGUGAUUGGUUGCGUCUUACCUUAUAUUGGACAUUCCUUAGGCAGGGAAAUGUUUUUGGACCUACUCAAGUGUUUACUGAAAGAGCUGAGACACAUAUUAAAGAGGAAACCCAGUUCUACUAAAGACUAUGAGGAGAGGUUAUCUCUGCUUACAAAUGCUUUGUCCAUGGCAUUGAAGAAUGGGCCUAGUGAUGAUGAUUGGCUGACAACCACUGUUGAUGUAUACACGGAAAUUGUUCAUCUUUGGGACAAGAUUGUCAUUAAGUUUAUAGAAAGGCAUGGAAAGUCUGACGAGCUAGUAAUGGAGUUAUUAAGCUAUCUCUUUUCAUUCAUUCACAUAAAGUCAAAACUAGAUGUAGCUAGACCUGCUGUUAGUGUCCCCUCUAUACAUCAGACUGUUUGGUCAUUGCAACAGCUUGGAGCACCACUUAAUAGUGGUACAAUUAAACUCUUGGUAGCUAUUGCUGACAACAUCAUUGAAGACAACACUGGUCAUCCUGACCUUUUUACUCAUAGCCAGUUGAAUAUUUUAGUGUGUAAUUAUACAGCGACUCUCAGUGUUACUGAUACGGCUAUACUUUACUUGAUGUUGUGUUAUGAGAAGUUAGGGGUAUCUAUAUCAAGUCAAAUUCCAUUCUUGUGGGGUGAAAGGGCUCUUCACUUACACGAAUUGUACGAAAGAAACCACUGGGAGAAACCCACUGAUCACGAAGUUUUGUCAAUGUUUAACGAGAGGAGAAUGCUCCAAUCAAUCCAGUCAUUUCCUUAUGAUAGAGCAUUACAACCAGUCAAUCCUUACCAAAAUACAGGAUCAAUGCCAGCCACUAUAAAUGAAUAUGCUUAUGAUCCUUGCUUCCUCCUUCCCAUCUUUAGUGUGUUACUCUCUUCAACCUCAUCAGUGUUCAACUGCUCGUCGUUCAUUAAAAGAGGUUUGCUGUCAUUUGUUAUCACUGCCACUAGCUCCACAUGCCAGCACAUGAGGAGAGCUGCCUAUUACAACCUCUCACUCUUUAAUCAUCAUCUCAUGAACAGUAAUAGGUUUACCGAAAGAUCUCUGAUAAUGGCUUUAAUGGAGAUUCUCUGUAAUUCUGUUCCUGAGGUUAAUGCUAGACUAUCAGUUCUAACAUCAUCAUUCUUUGCCAAGGCAGUAUCCUUGUUUGUGCAUACAGAAGAGCCAAUGUUCCCUAUGGUUGCUGAUUACAUGAUCAAGAAACCGUUCCUCGACUCCAAAGACAUUCCUUUAUAUUCGGCAUUAGUCCACACUACUAAAGAUGAAGAGCGUAGUUGGGUUAUUGAGUUACUUUGUGAUGGCUUAAAGUGUUCAAGUGACUAUCAGAUUUACCGCAAACACUCUGUUCUCUCUUACCUAAUGGCACUGUAUAACUCACCAUUACUUGAUGAAAGGAGUAAAUCAAUGAUAGUUAAUAGACUCAUGAGUGGCAUAGUGGAUAAUGACUGUGCUUUGCAAGACUCUUGCUGGAAUUUGAAUCUUCUUUCAUGGAUACAUACAUCAUUGCCUUUAGAAGAAGCUGCUGGUUUGUUGGUGAGAAUAGCUUCAAAGUUCUUAAUGGGAGAAGAGAGUAGUGACAAGACUGACAGCAUGGAACCCAGCAAAUCAUGUACUUCUACUGGACUUACUCCUCCGCCUUUUAUUAAGGAAGAGAUAGCACUACUUCUGUUAACUUUAAUGAAUGGUUUCAGUAGUCAAUAGUACUACUCUUCAAUUUACAUAACCUACUCAUGCUUUAUUUAUCACUGUUGAUUUUUUUCAUUCUUUAUAAUCAUGAUAUGCGAA